AUGUGCAAACUUAAGAGUAAACUCAUAGUGAUCCUUUUUAUGUAUAGUAUUGCAACAACAGCCAUUGUAUAUCAAAACUACAUAUUUAUAGCAAAUUUAUUUAAAAAAUAUCGAGCGUUCGAAUGGCUUUGUACAAAUAAAAAUUCUGAGGGUGACUUUUUUUUAUGUAUAGAUCAGGAAAAUUAUGUUCAUUUUUUGUUAGUCACAGGAUUAAUUAUUCAGUUUAUAUCAGGUUUUAUAGGAGGCAUAUUAAUAAAUAUAUUAUCAAAAAAACGGUAUAUAUCAAAGAUUGCUUUUAUUUUUUUAAUAAUAGGAUGGAUGUUAUUAAGUAUAUCUUUAUCAUAUUCCAAAUAUUAUAUGGACAAUUAUACGAAGCUGUCUAUAUUAAGUUGGAUGGGGUCGCAUACUGAAAAAGCGUUUAAAAGAAUAUCUAUAUUGUUUAAUUUAGCCUUUAUAUGUUUUGGUAUUGGUUCCGACAAUUCCUAUUUGCCAAUUAUUUAUUAUAUCAAUGAAAGAUAUCCUAUUGACGAUAAUAUGAUAAAAUCCAAAUUAGAAGCAUCAAAAAGUAAAUUAAGUGCAUUAAAAAAUAUUUUAAGAAAUAAAAAUUAUAUAUUAAUUAGUGCUAUGUCAUCUUUAGCUGUUUUAAGUUUAUUUGUUGGAAAUGUUUUAAUUAUAGCACUAAAUAAGUUUGAUUCCGAAAAUAAUGUUAUACUUAUCAUAUCCAUGUAUGUAUUGAUAUGUAUAGCCCCAUCAUUUUUUAUAUCAAAUUUGUUGGAUUAUAAAAAUAAUUAUAACCAAAAUACUAAUAAUGAAAAUACUAUUAAAAACAAUGAAAGUAAUAUUAAUGAAAAUGAAGAUGAUGUUACCUCGAUAGUUAUAUCAAAUCAUGAUGAUAUUAAUCACAAUGUAGUUAUUUCUUCAGAAGCUCUUAUUUCCCAUAAUGCUGUUAUUACCCCAAAUACGGUUAUUUCCCCUAAUGUCAUUACUGCAACGAAUAUUGUCAUUUCAACUGCAACAGAUGUCAUGGCUGCAAAUUCUAAUUCGAGCGUCCUAAAGCCCGAUAUGAUUGGGAUAUGUGCUAGCAGAAAUAGCAAAAAAAAAGGAAAGCAUCACAUUCAUAAUAUAAAUGGAAGUAGCACUAUAAUUAACGAUAACCUUGAUGCCAGUAUUGGUGGGAACGAUUUUAGUGAAAAUAUGGGAAGUGAAUCACACAAUAGUAGCUUAAGUGAUCAUUAUAAAAAAAAAAAUUACACAUCUAUAUUCACAGAUUCGAGAUAUGAAAGCUUGAACUCACCAAGUGAUGACAUUGAAAAUACUCAAGUUCUUAAUGUAAUAAAUAUGAAUAUUGAAAAUUAUAUAACUCCCAUAAAUAAACACUUAAAUGGAGUUUCAUAUGGAAAAUCUUUAACUCAAAAAGAAAGUGAAAAAAUUGGAGAAAAUGUAAAAAAUGAAGAAAAAACACCCAAAAUUGCUAUUCAUCCUUCCGAAUCUAUUAAUAAAGAAAUUAAAAAAAAAAACAAAUUAAAAAAUAUAAAUUUUGACAUAUUUAAAAAGCAAGUUAUAUCAUCAUGUUAUAUAUUUAUUGUAAUAGAAUUCUUUAUUUUAACAUUUAGUAAUUGCUUUUUUAUGUUUUCACUAUUUGAUAUAUAUGAAAAUAGCGUAUUUGGAAAUACCUUAGAUAUAUAUUCAUAUAUAUUACCUUCUAGCUUUAUUAUUACAUUAAUAUUUGGUAUAGUAGCAGAUAUAAUUAGUAUUCACAAUUUUAUAAGUUUUAAUUUAAUAUUAGGAAUAAUUGUUUUUAUAUUAACCCUCAUUUAUUAUCAAACAACAAGUGUAAUUGUUGGGUAUAUGUCUCUAAUUAUUUAUUUUUUUCAUCAAAGUUUUUUUGCUAAUCAUAUGUACAUGUAUAUGUCUACAGUUUUCAAAGAAGAUAAUUUCCCCAUAUUAAUUGGUAUUGUUAAUAUGUGGGCAUCUAUUGCAUUCUUUAUGUCAUAUAAAUCACAUGAGCUUAUCAAAUAUAGUAAAAGAAAAGUAUAUGGGAAAAUAACUGUUGGAAUUAUUAUUAUUUCAUACAUGCUCAUAUUUAUAUUUCACUUAUUACAUAUUAAGAAAAAAACACACUGGAAUUCCAAAGAGGUAGAAUACAGAGAAUCACAAUGUUAUUGCUGA